AUGAAGCUCACCAACAUCCUCAACCUUGCCCUUAUCGGGCUUGCCUCUGCUGCACCAACUCCUACGACCGAGGAGAAAACCUUUGGAACCAUCGCCAAGCGUGCCUCUGUCACUGAAUCUUGCACCAUCGGUUACGCCAGCACUAAUGGCGGCACAACUGGCGGCAGUGGCGGCACCACGACCACUGUGUCUACUUUGGCCCAAUUCACCAAGGCCGCCGAGUCGGACGGCAAGCUGAACAUCAUUGUCAAGGGCUCAAUUUCUGGCAGCAACAAAGUCCGCGUCAAGUCUGACAAGACCAUUUUUGGCCAGAAGGGCUCCAAGCUUACCGGGGUUGGCCUGUACAUAAAGGGAGUCAAAAAUGUCAUUAUUCGAAAUCUGGCCAUUUCCAAGGUCAAGGAAAACAAUGGCGAUGCUAUCGGUAUCGAGUCAUCCACUAAUGUCUGGGUUGACCACGUUGACCUGAGCUCCGACCUUAACUCUGGGAAGGAUUACUAUGACGGACUCUUGGAUAUCACCCGAGAGUCCGACUUUGUGACCAUAUCUAAUAGCUACAUUCAUGAUCACUUCAAGGCUUCUCUGAUCGGCCAUGUUGACACGCACACUAGCGACAAGGGCAAACUUCACGUCACCUACGCCAACAACCAUUGGGCAAACGUCAACUCUCGUAACCCGUCGGUUCGCUAUGGUACCGUCCAUAUCUACAACAAUUUCUACGACAAGCUUGGCAGCACUGGUGUAAACACUCGUAUGGGGGCCCAGGUCCGUAUCGAGUCCACUGUCUUCGAGAACUCGGGCAAGAAGAAGGUUAUCCUCACCGCGGACUCCAAGGAACAAGGGUACGCCACCGUCUCAGACGUUUCCUACGGCGGCGGCCAAAACACUGCCCCAAAGGGCGACUUUGGCUCCAGCAAGGUCCCCUAUGACUACUCUCUGUUUGGAAGGGACAAUGUCAAGGCCAAGGUUGUCGGCAUAGCUGGACAAACCCUCAGUAUCUAG